AUGAAUGUGCCACGUUGCUUAUUCGUCUGUGCAGUUGCCCUUUGCGAGACAGCUUUUGGUGCUUUAUGUGGCCGACUUCCGUAUUAUGACCAUCCACUUAGUCCCCCAGGGGAAAAUCCGCGAGAGAAAUAUUCACAUUGGAUUAGGGAAGAGCAACAGUCAACGCGUUUCGAUGGCGGUCUUUUCAUCUCCUUCAGGGUCUACAAGGGUGUACAGAUAACACAUUUUAAAUCCUAUAGUCCUGAAAACGGCACUGUAUUUAUGCUUUGCAACUAUCAAGCGGACGUGUAUUCGGAAUGCUGUGACUUGCGUAAAAGUCGACACUCUACCACUUGUGAUCGAGUGUUGUUCUAUGAUACCUCACACGAAACCAGAGAGUAUAGGUUACUACGAUAUGAAAUACGCGCUCAAAUUUCCACCCAGAAGUUAGAGGGGGCCCAGGCGGUUAUUCACGUGUACUUCCAGACUUCAGAGGGACAAAAAUAUCUCACGACUUCCUUUUGUCAACUGGCGAAGUUUGUACCAUGCCCCGAAAUUAUUCGUCUGAAGUGGUUUGAGAUGUAUUCAGACAGCAUACAAUACCAGGACAGCCCCGAGACGCAUGACUUGAACUACGAGAGUUUCCACGAAAGGACCUACUACAAGCACGAAGAUGAAAGGUGGAACGCGGAAAUGUUUGGGUGGUUGCCUCCUAAUCAUUUGGCUAAAGCGUUCGCUUUUCAGCGUUCUCCCAAUCUUUCAACAUACGACGUGAUUCCAUUGAAAGGAUAUAUAUAUUCCUCAAAUAGUCACCGCAAUGGACCAUUUUCUCAAUUGGCUUAUAUUUGUCCAAAUUAUGAGCGAAACUUCUUCCGUUCGUCCUGGUAUGUGACCGUGUAUGUUGUUAUUGAUGCUGUGCUGUUCGUUGUAAUCGAUGAGGAGCUUCAGCGACAGUCUGGGGAUAACGCAUUAACUCCAAUCAUCGAUGCGGCGAAGAGCAUUCUCGCUGGUAAACGGGUGCAUUUUCGGUACCCCUCUUGGAGGACUCCUGCGAUGCGAUUACUAAACCUCAAAUCAGCGCGCAAAGCAGUGUAUCGUGCCGGUGAAAGAUUCCGAUAUCAGUCUGCCUAUGCACCAGUAUGCAUCCAUUUCGAAGGAUGCGAAAAGAAGCUCCGUUUCGAGGACGCGUACACAACGCAAGAUCGAAUGAAGUGUGAUACACUCGGCGGUCUAUUGGAAAUCCAUAAUCUCGAACCCCAUGAUACCGGGAUAUACAGCUGUAAAUCAGACGGUGGCGCACUCCCGGAAAUCCAAGGGUAUUACAUCAUAGUGCUUCCACAUGAGGACAGCAUUACAGUGUUUGUCAACAAGCAACGCUGGCAUCGUGACAAACUGGCAUUACCUGAGUAUCCACUUAAAGAUGCAUUAGGUAGAAUGUACCUCCAAAGUGAUGUCUUCGUAAACUGCAAGUACGUGCUACCCCUGGGGUAUGACAAUUAUGAUGGUAUUGAUUUCGAGUAUAUGGAUGUCAAGACUGGGGCUCACCUCCCGUUUCAGCAUGUAGACACUUGGUAUUCUAUCCAGGAGAGGAAUAACAUCACUUAUCGCGUAUUCCGAAUCAAAAAGUACGAGACUCGUGGUUCCGUGAACCAAUAUCGGAUACAGUGCUCAUUUCGAUAUGAACCCAUUUUCCGGUUGGUCCGCGAACACCCAGAUACACCGAAGGAACGGAAGACGGUGAGUAACUACGUGCUCGUAUACACCAGCUUCCAUAUGGAGCCAAAAAUUGUUUCCUCUUCCAUUCGUACGACUCAUGCGAACGUGACGGAUGCGCUGAACAAGACGGAAGCUGUGUAUCCGAAGGUUACUCCACACCGUUUGUUGAGACGCACAAUGGUUGAGGAUGUACUUUCAGGUAGCUUCGUUGUCCUACACUAUGUGGGUGCCCUUCGAGUCUCUGUUUGGACCGUCGAGGAGACGGAGCAUGGAAACUUUUCCUACGUACCUUGUUUAGUGAAGAUUACGCCUGGAUCUCCGUACAAGUUGCAUUUGAUCGAGUUACCAGAAGCGAAUGGCUCUGAGACCAUGGCAGCCAGCCAGGUCGACUUCAGGUGUGGUAUUGGAUUAGCGACCGUUGUACUUGUGCUAAGUGCAUUUCAUCAUGAUGCAAUUGGUUCAGCUGAUGAGCAGUUGGAGCAAUCGUGCAUCACAGCUUUAAUUGCAGUACUGAAAGACAGCAUUGGGUACACAGGUUUGCCAGGUAACACGUGUAUCGAAAUUGAUCCACCUGGUCUUAAGAGCACCCACCGUCUGGUUGAAUUGCAUACAGUGUGGCGUGCCACUGUGGUUGUAGGUGAGCCGGUAACAAUGCGCUGGUUCCCCGCAACAGACUCAUUUGACAUUGUGCGUUGUUUGUAUACUCCUCCUGACAGCACACAAACACAACCAGUGCCAGAUGGUUUUCAGCAAUCGAAUGACGCAGGCAAGGACUAUUAUGAACUACGCAAGUCGAACUCCACGCUCACAGACUCCGGGUUGUACGCAUGCUACCAGCACACAUGUCCAAACUGUUUGACGCGGAUUGGACCCCUUCGAAGUUUGCUAGUACUGCCAAGGGGCGAAAGUAUGCACAUUGCCUUUGAGCAAGAAAACUUGGCACAGAGGCCCAAAGGGGAGACGACGUUAGUUUUGUUACAGGAUGCGGUCGUCAACUGUUCACUGCCAACAAGCAAGUCCAUGGUCGCUGACAACGAGUGGAACUUCGAAUGUGUAGCCUACAGGAGGCACCAAUCGCCCUAUCAACCAACGUGUGGGUCUGUGUGGAGAGGAGCGGUCCACCGGUACACACGCCGCUACACUAUCGAUGGCUUGGGCUUGUACUCGCAUUGGACAAGCCUGAAGGUAACUUGCUCGGUUAAACUGAGUAACUUGGUGAGAGAUAAACACGAUGACGUGGUCGAUCCCAAUAAACUUAUUAUCACAAAAUCUGCUGUCGCGUACGUGGAGAAUUAUGCAUAUGGUCGAUAUUUUUAUGAUCUAACGCUUGGUGAUCAACCGAUAGUGUCUGAAAUUGCCAAACUCAGCUAUGGGGAUGCACAGCGUAUUCCAUUUCAGCCGGGUUCACCGGCACCGAUAACCUACGAGAACUACUAUCGUUUUCGUGUGACUGCAUUCUUGGGCUAUCCUGCGGGUACAAUGGAACUGUGGAGAGUGUGGUGGGACGGAGAGAACGUGGAACUAGAAAGCUGCCCGUACUUUUGGAUAUGGCACAUGCGCUAUGAACAACGUCAUAAAAUUCACAACAGAUUUUUACGUAUGAUCGAUGGAAAUGGUGUGAAGCAGUACCUGUUCGAAUGCGGAUUUGUGCAAGGGCACAUGGGGCUGGUAACUGCAGUUUUAAACACAGAUAACAGGGAUAACGAAAGGCAAACGUUCAUGGCCCACGCGGUGCAUUGGUUUAAACGAUACCUCGUCUCCAUCGGUGAGAUAUCGGUUGCCCCCCUGAUCAAAUCGACAAUGGUCCGCGAUCCACACUCCUAUUUUGCCAUUAAGCUAAAUUUCUACCCCAAAGUUGUGACAACCGUCGGCUCAGAUUUUCACAUAAUGGGCAAAGUCACAAGCUACCAUCCAUAUUCCACUUGGUGUCGAAGAUAUUAUAAAGGCAAUCCAGCUGAGUCAAGAAAAAACCUUUAUUAUCCUCGAGAAGUUCGAUACCAUAACAGAGGUCCGGUUUUCUGGCUUCAGUACGGUAGCGCUACUUUGGCGGAUUCGGCAGUAUACCGCUGUACGGCAUACACACAAUCAUCGGAAGAGCUCAGAUCAUCUGGAUUCCCGGAGAGAACAGUUAUUGUCCUUCCCACGGAUGCCAUGCUGUUGAUGUACCUAAGUGAGUGGAAAUUCCAAGCUGGUCCCACAAGUCCGGAGGGUGAAUUCACGCAGUACCUUGAUGGAAAAGAACCGUUUCUCUUCUAUUUGCAGUCUGUGGAGGUCCGUUGCAUUUACCCGCUGCCACCGUUCUUAAGAGCACAUCCAAACACAUCGCUGAAGCACGAAGUGUACAACAAAAGCAGCAGACGAUGGACGGAAUUAACACACGUCCAAGGAAUGAGAUUUUUGAUAGCAGGAGGAGGACAACAAUUAUCCACUUUCACGGUAACCAUGGUUCCUCCUGACCUGGAGAUAACUAGAGCCAGAGUGACUUGCGUGUUUAAUCUGGACAAAAUUGGUACGUUGCAUGACGUUAACCGAGGCAAAAUCAACUCGAUUCAGCAGAUGAAGUCGAUUGAUAUCCAACUUCAAGCGCUGAUCCAACCGGUUAUUUUUGACCAGCAUUUAAAAUCCAACAAUUCGAGACUACUGGAAAACUUUAGACACACUUAUGGUUCACGGGGAAUAAGUGCUGUUGAGUUCUACCAAACUGGCUCCAAAGACCGGCUUUUGGAAGGGGUUAUGGAACUGGAUAUCACCGCUUUCUUGGGUAUACCGGUGGGUCGCUUGGUUGCAUGGACAUUUUUCAAUUAUACCGGCAUCUGGAAACAGGACUGCUUUAAACAAACAGAAAGAGCAUACGAAUCACUUAACAUACCCAGGGAUUUGAAGCAACAUCCCAUGUAUCUCAAAUUUGGCAAUCGGGGUUUCGUUCGGACGACGUUUCUGUGCACCUUUCGACCGGAGCACACCGCUCUGAUAAUUUUAGCUUUCACGGCUCACAUGUAUAGAGAGGAGAGUAUCCGGGCCACACUGACUCAAAGUGCGAUUCAUCUGGUGAAACGUUACUUGGAGUACCCGAAAAGCACUCGGGUGGAGGUGUUAGCCAACCCGCUUCCAUUUGUGGCUGUUGCCUAUCGUGUCCACAAGGUGUUCAUAGGCUGGAACGCAUCGCACAAACUGGGAGCUUCGUGGCAUCUGCUUUUGCUCUACACGCUGUCGGACUCCGUGCACGAUGUUCGAUGCUACUAUUCUGAGAGACGCGAAAGUGAUAAAAUACGAAUGUUCUACCGUGUAUUCACACGCAAAAUCGAUUACUACGUUUCACCGUUUGCAGUGAAUCGUUCCACUUCCGGUAUCUAUUUUUGCAACCAUACUCAUCUCGGUGUGGAUCGAGUUCUUGCUGCGCCGCGUCGCAUUGUCGUGUUGCCAAAUGCACAUGACCUGGCUAUUUACGUGACUUCCACGUCCCAUGUGUACCACGGAUCGUCAAUGCGCGACGCAGGCACAUUGCCUCACUUCAAAAUAGGCGAGGCGCCAUACAUUUGGUGCGUACUACCCAGCAUUGUCGACAACCAGGAUGCGAUGCUUGUGGAGGCUCAGUUGAUGAUGGACAGCGCUGAAAAGAGAAAAUUUGCCAUUCAGCUCAUCUCAACCAUUCAGAACACCAGAGGUGAGUUGGAAUACCUCCAUGUUGCUGAGGGGCCACAACCAGAGCAGGUGUAUACCACACUCCGAGCCAUUUGUACGGCACAGUUUACGAGUAGCAUAUUUGAGGCGGAUGACCUGACACCAACCAGCGAUCUGAUUGUUCGUUCUGUGCAACAGAUUACAUUUGAGGUCCGACUGUCACCUGUACUCUUCCCAAUGGAAACACAUAGCACUGAUCACAGACUUCAAAAAGGACUGCAACGAGCACCUGCCAAGAUCGAUUGUGCCAAGACGUUUGCAGAGAAUGCAGUGGUGGGGUUCCGGGAACAGGUAGCUUACAUUCACGUAUUACUAGCCCUGGGUAUGCCUGCGGGCCAGGUCUCUGCAAAUACGUACAUUGUUGGUGAUAACAGAGUGAUUGAUGAAGACUGUAGGAUUACCAAUACCAGUGUCGUAGAAGUCGUCGAUGUGCCACGUAUGAUAAAGGCCAAAUACACGGAGGGUUUUCUGUCUAUGGCUAACCUGGCCAACGUGUCCUUUAUGUGUGUGCUUCGUUUGGAGCAUGAUGCACUGAUUAUAACAGCAAUCAGUUUGGCCUCACCUUGGGACCACACAGAACGUGUCAUUCAUGACACAGUUGGGAAAUACCUACGAAAGUGGACACACCAGCGAAACACAUGUGAAGAUAAACUUCGCAUCCACUAUCCCAACAACACCAAUGGUACUUACCAACUUGUGGCCAUCAAGCCCACAUGGAACGAUAAAGUCAGCACAGGAAGUCCAGUAAGCAUGUUAGCCCGCAUUUAUCCAUCUAGCCCACAAUCUCUGAGGUGCUUGCACCAUUUCCUUCCAUUUGGUGUAGGCCGGAAUCCCAUGCAACAUGGGUUCAGAGUGGUGCGUUCGGAAGGCGAACUUGGUGCGUUUUUGGUGAAAGAUAAAGUGGAAUUCGGGGACACAGGUACCUAUGAAUGUGAGUACCCACAAGGUCCCAGACGAAUCGGGUUCGCCAAACGCUAUUUGUACGUACGUCCUGAUUCGUCAGUGCUGCAGCUGUUCAUCACACAUCAGCGUUUCACUUCGGUACGUGAGUUGCGAGGGGCAUACAACUAUUGCACAGCGAACCAUAGACCGAUGUUAUUCAGCAAACAGAGUCUACAUGUUCAUUGUGUUCGCCCGUACACAAAUGGAACACAAAUGGAUUGGAACGAGACUGUGCAUAUAGUGCUUAGACCAGCAAACGGAUUUAACGGAACUGGUGAUCCAGAAAGCUUCAUCACUGGUCAAUACCGUACAGAAAGCGAUCAUACUUACAGCAUUACCUCAUACCAGCUGACUGCUCCAGCGGCACACGACUAUAUUGGAGCCUUACAUUUCACUUGCGAGCUAACAUUCCGCCGACGAGAUCAGCAUCUGGAACCAUUCACUACACGUACCACCAGAAUAAUCGAGGUGGUACCACUAAGAGCACCGAUUAUUUAUCAUCUCAUGACCGAGGCAUCGGAUAUUGUCCUGCAAAGACAAAUCAGAAAUGUACCAGUGUCCGUACUCAGUACAUGGGAAUUUAGUGAUUCGAACACCAAUGCAUCGUUCGUAAGAGAGAACAACACUUCUCUUAUGGUUCCCGCAUACUUGGGUCAUCCAAGGGGACAUUUGACGGUGUGGAUGCUGUAUGAAUACGAGAAGCGCUGGCACGCGGAACGGUGCCGAAAAUUGCGCGUGGUGAAUUGGACGAACGAACAGGCAGCGACUCUGUCAGCAGACAUGGGUGGACUAUUGCCUUCUCAAGAUCCUAAUAUAGUUACUGUGACGUUUCACUGCGGAAUUCGAUUGGAGCAUAGUGUGAUCGUGAUCGGGGUUUAUCAGUGCUACGCACCAUACUUGGAGGCAAUGCAGGUGGAUCGAGCGUUCCUUGCGUCUGUGAUUAGCAACAUCAAGAGUUGGAUUGUACAGCCCUCUAAUGCUACUAUCCGGGUACCCAUGUUGCCUGAAGGUUCUUCGGGCAUAGCCCACCCAACCAAGAUAACGGUGUAUUGGAAGGGCUACUUCCACAUUGGCGAUCGGAUGUCUCUGCCAGGAUAUCUGGGUGACAGUGAUGCGGAUGUGGACGAACGGCGCUACAGGGUGUAUUGCGUGUACCAGAUGACAACGAAGUCACCAAUGGAAAGCCUCCAUGGAUCUACUCACUUAUUGGCUUUGCCACAAACGUACACGUUUCAGCUGAUUAAAAGAGAGCUCCAUGCUCACGAUUUUGGUUACUACUCUUGUAAAGUGGAUCACAAGGAUAGAACACAAACAAAAGGCACGGUUGGGUUCGUCCAACGACUGUUGGCUGUGUUACCUGGACCGCAAUCCAUCCGCAUGAUACUCAACCCGAAGUUGCUUGAUGUAAGAAAGGACUUGACAGAGAAACAUAGCAGAUGUGCACACAGCUCCAACCCAUGCAUGUCACCGGACGCAACCACGUACGUGUACUUUGGAGGAUUCAUUAGUCCGGUGAUGCGCGACAUCGACACCAUACUGAGUGCUAAUCUGUUGGGGAGAAACCAGUCAGAGCGUAUACCGCUCGUGUACACUGAGGAGUCACAUGACACCUAUCAUGGAGAAAUACUCAUGCUGAAGGGUCGACUUAAAGUUCCUGAUGUAGUGCCGUAUCUAAGUGAAAUCAGAAUCACAGGACGAUUAAAUUUUAACACUCUACCACCAGUGUUGAGGAGCUAUUCAUCACCACGAACUCCCUGGACAGUGACUGCGAACAGAACUAUCUCGAUUCAUGUGGAAUACAUGCCGGAGAUAUUCACUGCAUUAACUACCGCAAGUCUAGUAGGCAUUCAGAUCGCAUUGCGGACGCAGCGGGUGAAUUCAGUGUUCAGUUCACAAACAUUCCAAACAAGUGGUCCAACUGGUCGUCUGUUGGAGGGUCUAAUGGAGUUGAACCUCACGACGUAUAUCGGCACUCCACCCGGUCUGUCUGCUGUGUUUAUGUUGAAUGUGCGAGAUGGUCGGAUUCGAGCAGAGCAUUGUCAACACAAGACGACUGAACUGACCGAGGCUACGAUCCCUGAGAGCGUGAAACGUACCAGCAUAUAUCGUUAUUCCAUGGGAGAGCGCUUCGAGCAAAUUCACUCACAUUGUCCACUGAGACCUACACACAUGGCCCUUGUGGUAGCUGUGGUGAACAGCAUGGAUCCCAUAGUGUCGCCUGCCUUGACAAGGAAGCGAUUCGAGCACACACUGGUUGGGCGAGUGGAGCAAUGGCUAGGUAAUCCGAGUGACUUGAGCCCGAUGCCGAUUCGUCUGCCACCUAGACACAAUGUGGUGUAUCAAUUGGUGCAUCUGAAGAUUGGGUGGCGAGGUGUCAUACCGGAGGGCACACCUGUCGUUCUAUUCGGGACGACAAUGACAAGGUCUGUAAGAUGUUAUUAUCAGUCGGAUGCGAAUGGCACUAAGAUACAGGUUGGUACAGUUGGUAGUGAAUUCAGCAUUGUCCAAGGGGAAGCUGGAUUGACGUUCGAACUGAUCUGUCCCCGAGCUCAGUUAACUGACACAGGUAUAUAUCAGUGUAUAACCGACUCAUGUUUGUGGUGCAAUUCGCGUCAUGAGUUAGUGGUACUACCACUCAGACUGGAAGUGCGCACUGUAUUGAGCGAAAAGCAGUCCAUUGAGGAUUUAGGACCUGUGGAAACGUACGGCUUCGUGGAUGAACAAGGCCAACCAUACACUUACCCCGGACAGUCCUUCUAUGUUCACUGCAUGUCCCGAACGGACAUCCCUGUCAGUAUCCGACCUCAUAUGCAUUUUCAUUUCUCUAAGCCCCCAUUGACCGCGGAAUUCUUAGGGAACUAUGUCUUCUCUUCUGGCGCACCGCAAUCACACAUGGAUGCAACGUACUCAACACACGGUCUAGCACACCGAAUAUCAGUUCCUUUGGAUUUCACAGUUGCGGAAACCGUCCACAUUACAUGUGUGUUUGCUUAUCCGAUAAACAUGUCGCACUAUGACAUAAACACAGGGAUACUACGCAAGCACUACAAUUGCACCAGGUAUGUGCAACUACGUGCUCGCCAAACACCGCGGAUUUUGAAUAACAUGAUCAGUACAGAUUAUGCCCAGUUAACCGAGCUGCUGAGAAACCCUGUCGCUUCUAAUAUUGAUGCUGUCACUUUGAACUUACACACCAAUCAUGGACCCGUGAAAGAAAGCAUCAUCGAAGUGAAGUACACAGCCAUACUCGGUCAGCCACGUGGAUGGACCGGUGUCUACACAGUACUUCAGGACACCGUAGAUGUAGCAGCUGAACAAUGCAGUGAAGUUGCCUGGGCUGAGGCAGAUAAUGGGAGCUCAAUGGGAGAAGAGAAUAUCAGAGUCAAAACAAACAUUGACAUGGAUUUGGUGGAACCAUCAAAGCUUUUCACCUUCCGAUUUCGAUGCUUCUUGCAACUGCGAACCGUGGGACUAUUCGUAGUUGCAAUGCACUCAAUGACCACACCGUAUGACGUGCGUGCGCUCACAAAGGAAUUUGUCAACUCCGUCGGGAGGACCGUUAGCGAGGCCAUGGGGGAUGCACGCAGAAAUCCACGACAAGCGCCUUCAUUUCCACCAUAUACCGAUGGGACAUAUCGUUUAGCUCGCAUUAACGUCGGAUGGGAUGCUUCGGUUGAGGUCGGGUCCGUCAUACGAAUGUUCGGCCGACUUACCAAAGAUGGAGGAGGUGAUCCGAUCUGCAUGUACUCAGCUGACGCAGACAACUGGACUCCCGUGAAUGUCAGUGGAGCAUUCGGUCUGCGAAUUGUCAAAUCCAUGGGAUACUUUAUUUUGCACAAACCAAAGGCGGAACUAGGCGAUUCGGGCUGGUAUCGCUGUCGGCUUGCCGAUUGUCUUUAUUGUUCAUCCAACAUGGGGAUGACCGAGAGACAGCUAGUUGUCAUGCCAGAUCAAUCUGUGUUACAAAUACGCCUUCAUAUGACUGACGAGUUGAAUCGUCUCGCACAGACAUGUGGGCUGGGUGACAUCUUCGUCUUACAGCCUCAGAUUGAGUACGUGCUGAAUUGCAUACACUCAGUCCCGAUGGGAUUCCCAUAUCCCUUAGUCGCCUCUGCCGGUGUGCACUUCAAAAAUGAAAGCAGAUGGAUGGAUCUGCAAGAUAAAGACGCACCACAAACGCAAAUGACUGCUGAACGUGCGACUCGAUUCAACCGAUCAAUACCAUUUACACUACCACACCCGUCAUCGGGCGAUUUGUAUGAAGUUGAUUUGGUGUGCGCACUACAGCUUGAUGAGUUCAGUGUGCAGUACGACCUGAUCAAGAUGCGACCGGGUAGAAAACUGAGUAAGAAGGUAACUGUGAUGGUCACUCAUGUGCGACCGCCCGAAUUCGUUACCAACUCAAUAGGGGCGGAUGAACCAUCCAUAGCUGAGGUUUUGCAAAGUGUCGCCGCUGGUAGACUGGACAGGAAGUCGUUUUCGACGAACAUAGGUAAGUCGAUUGUUUUAGAGGGUCCUAUAGGUAUAUCAUUUCGCAUAUAUUCAGGGUCGCCUCCCGGUUGGACGUUUGGCUGGUCCAUUAUCAAGUGGAAGCACACAUUGUGGACAGAUAAUUGUUUGUUUCUGCAAGAUAAACCGCAUGCCAAUCGCACGCAGAAUGUAAGCGUGACAUGCAUGAUGCAGCCGGAAAAUGUGGCUCUGGUACUCGUUGCAGCGAACAUGCCAGGGACGCAGUGGACCCGGAGUAUGGUCGAGGCACAUGUAAGGCAGGCUGUGUUGACUAACAUAUCCGAAUGGAUGGAUUUGAACAAUAAAACAACGGAGAGCGACCGCUGGUCGGCGUGCUAUAACGCAGCUUACCGUUAUGCCCCAGUGCAAGUUCAGUGGAAUUCGACUGUCCGGGAGGGCGACCGCGUUGUCAUGUACGGGCUUCUCAAUGGUCGACAAGCAGAUGAGGAUUUAAAGUGUAUGCGGAACUGGAAGCCAAUUCAGUGGAACGACCACAUCGCACUGAGGCCUAAUCCAGUGGGGGAUUAUUUUACCCUCACCAUCGUCCAUGCCAUCUACUCCGAUACUGGUAUAUAUGAAUGCAGACCGGAUCACACUGUGACAUCCCAGAGUGAGUUUUGGGGACUUGGGCCACGUUGGUUGCGUGUAAUACCUGAUUCUUCCAAAACGACCAAGUGUGGGCUAUCGGUUGACAAGGCAGGAAGCAAAAGGCUCAGAAAUGGAGGUCAGGCCACAAACGAGUUGGACUAUUUGAUGGCAGGCGAAAAGGCGUAUGUGACGUGUAUGUUUGAAACAGGGUUCGCCGAGUUUUACCGACCAGUGUUCCGGUUGAAACACCACAUGCUGGACACAAGCACGGGGCACUCAGAGCCUGCAGACAUAACCUUCAACAUUGUAGUAUCGUCACACGCCAGUGGAACGUUUACAAUGUACGUGUAUGAAAUUGAGGGCAUUCGAUCCAGGUUCUACAAGGGUCCUCUGACCGCCACUUGCGAAGCUGUAAUCAAAUUGCACCAUGUGGACGAAGGGUCAACCCGCCAGCAUGUUGUAUCAUGUCAACAAACAUAUGCUGUGUUAGAGCCAGCAAAUGGCGAGGUGCUGAUUGAGACGUUGUCAAAGGAUUAUGAGUCGCAACCAGUGCCCCUGGGUACGGAGUUCAAAUGCACCGGUGGUUAUGGAUCACCACCCCUGAAACACAAUUGGACUCCGAACAACAUCGGUCAGUAUGAUGGUAUCUCAUCCGUCCGAGUCCCCGACACCUCAAAUCCAGGUGAUCACCAUGAUUGGAUCGGGCCGAGACAAACUUUCACAGAUCAACCGACCAAUGGGCUGGUCAUCAAGGAAGAUAAAUUGCUCAUUCCAUAUGACCGCCGUUAUCGGGGAAUGAGCUAUGUGUACACAUGUUGGGGUAACAACUCCAUUGAAGGCGAGGUGUGGAGUGUGAGAAAAACAAUUCGCUUCACCGUGAUGAUAUGUCCGACGCGAGUUGUUCCAUUGGAUCUGACUGUUCUACUAAGCUCACGACUACUCUCUCGAUGCACUCUCGAGGGUAAUCCUGACAGAGAGAUCCAGUUCUAUGGGCAUUUUUAUCUGCCCUUGGUUCAGCAGCUGAUUUUGGGUCUGCCGUACGGACCCACGCAAGUGCAGUUCCACUUCAUACGCGAUGAUGUUUUCGGCCACAACACCUCGAAUAGUUUUCCGCUCGCAGCAUUCAACCAGCAACUUAGUCGGGAGCAGUUGCUCCGCACCGUCAAUCCGAAAGACUGGAAACCUAAAACCGAUCCUGGUGGCUGCGGUGCGUCACCCAUCAUCUUCGACUCGGUAAUCGCACACCUAGCUAGAUUGCGUCAUGUUCCACUGCCCGGUCGCGAGCACGUUCUCGUGUUGCCAUUUGAUGAUUUCACUGACAUUCGCAUCAGCAAUGAGACGAGUUCCUUGCUCUCCAUGUUACUGAGAACCAAUCUGAGCAUUUUGUUGCUCAGCACAGUAGGACAAGGAGCGUAUGGGAGUGCAACCAUUUCCAAGUUGGAGAAGCUGUUUUCCCCAUUGCGCACGAUUAAUAUUUUGCCCAACUUCGAUGGUGAUACCGACUGCCUGAGAUGUCGUCCUCGAUUGGAGGCGGUGACGUUUCGCAUUGCUCGAGAUGAAUUCUUUAAUGCAGUAUGUGAGGCGACCAGCAUUGUUCUUCCGGAUUCCUGCCCUGCACCAGCUCUACACUUCUCCAUACCAAGUCGCCACUGGUACGAUGGACAACAUCUGGGGAUCACAUGUACUGCUAAUUUAAGUCAGCCAUUUCGUGGACAAACUGCCACCGGUUUGGCGAUCUGUUUGGUCAACGAAACCGCUUUGCAACAGCUGGAGCAGGGCCCUCUCAAUGUCCAGCAUCUGAUGAACGCGUGUAACUACGAGUUGGCAAAUGGUGUUACAAGCGUGAUUGAUGAACCAAGUGAAUUUUCAGUGAAUGCUCAGUU